ACCCAUGUUAGCCUAAGGAGACAUGGUGGGGGAGACAAAGUUGGUUAAUGAAGACAUGCUACGUGUGUGGAGGAUGAUAAUGAGGACCAGCCACCAGAAACUAUCAAGGACUAUGUGGAGGCUAUGGCGAAGCCGCACUCUGCCUGCAAACGGCUCGGCUUCGCCAUACGGAUGGUGCUCCAGCUGGAGGACUGGAUUUUACGUUUUCUGUCAGUCAGUGGGGUUGGAGGAGCUCCUGCUGGAGGCAGAGUGGGAACGGCAAACAGCGCUGGCCAUCAUGGCCAGCAACCCUCUGCCUCCCAGACCAGAUGUUUCCCGUCUCCGCUCCACCACCACAGCUCCGAACCCUUCAGCCUCUCCGUUGUUUCCAGCCGCCACAGUCUGCCCAUCACUUAAGCGAGUUCCAGUUUCCUCUCCAGCCGCCAAUGUCAGCCCGUCUCCACCCGCCACCAUCUGUCCGUCUCCUGUCGCCACAGUUCCCCUGGCCAUGGGAUUCCAGGUGGCCAGACUAGCCCCUGUUCAGCAAGCGGCACGGCUGCUGGCAUGGCCUGCGCCUGCUUCGUCCGAACUCCCAGUGUCUGCUCCGUCCGAGCUCCCAGUCUCUGCUCCGUCCGAGCUCCCAGUGUCUGCUCCGUCCGAGCUCCCAGUGUCUGCUCCGUCCGAGCUCCCAGUGUCUGCUCCGUCCGACCUCCCAGUGUCUGCUCCGUCCGAGCUCUCAGUCUCUGCUCCGUCCGUGCUCCCAGUCUCUGCUCCGUCCGAGCUCUCAGUCUCUGCUCCGUCCGUGCUCCCAGUGUCUGCUCCGUCCGAGCUCCCAGUCUCUGCUCCGUCCGUGCUCCCAGUGUCUGCUCUGUCCGAGCUCUCAGUCUCUGCUCCGUCCAAGCUCCCAGUCUCUGCUCCGUCCGACCUCCUAGUGUCUGCUCCGUCCGACCUCCCAGUGUCUGCUCCGUCCGACCUCCUAGUGUCUGCUCCGUCCGAGCUCCCAGUGUCUGCACUGUCCGAGCCCCCAGUGUCUGCUCCAUGCAAACCCCCGUCUCCAGUGUCUGCUCAGUGCGAGCCCCCAGAGCCUGCAGCAGCCGGCGCUCCGCCCGGCCCACUGCGGCUCAAGCUCUGCCUACUGUAAAUCAUUUUACAG